AUGACUAAAUUUAGUUUAAAAAAAUCCAUUAGAGAAUAUCAACAACGUUUAAUAUUAUUAGAGAAUGCAUCAUUUGAUAAUCGAAAAUCAGUUAAAAAAAAUAUUCUUACAACUGGUAGUGGAAAAGUAGUUAUUGCAGCUGUUCUUGUUAAUGCAACAAAUGCCGUUGUAAAAACUAUUGGUUGGUUAUUUACUGGUUCGGCUUCAUUAUUUUCUGAAGCAGUACAUUCCAUUGCUGAUACAUGUAAUCAACUUAUAUUAACAUUUGGUUUAUGGCAAUCAAUAAAAAAACCUAAUCCCGAACAUCCUUAUGGGUAUUCGAAUAUGACAUAUAUAUCCUCACUUAUUAGUGGUGUAGGAAUAUUCUGUUUUGGUACAGGUCUAGCUUGGUAUCAUGGUAUAUUAGUAUUAUUACAUCCUCAAGAAAUGGAAUCUAUUGUUUGGGGUUUAACACUUUUAAGUGGUUCUUUAAUAUCUGAAGGAGCAACACUUUAUAUGGCUGUUAAUGAAAUUCGAGCAUCAGCUAAAGAAACUGGCAUGAAAUUUUGGGAAUAUGGAUAUAAACCAAAUGUAAAUGUUGUCCUAUUGGAAGAUCUAGCAGCUGUUUUAGGUGUAUGUGUAGCUGCUACGGCUAUGGGUCUUUCACUUUAUCUUCAUUCACCUAUUCCGGAUGCCAUUGGAUCACUUAUUAUUGGUUGUAUUUUAGGUGGUGUUGCUUCUUUUAUUAUUUAUUCAAAUACAGCUGCACUUGUUGGACGAUCUAUUCAUCCGAAUCAGAUCGAAGCAAUUAAUAAUGAUUUAGAAAAUGAUCGAAUGGUUCGUGCUUUGUAUGAUAUUAAAGCAACAGAUAUGGGUUCACAAUCGGUUAUGUUUAAAGCUGAAGUUGAUAUAGAUGGAAGAGAAAUAGCUCGAUCUUAUUUAGAAAGAAUUGAUAUUGAUCUUAUUCUUAAAGAAAUUCAAAAAAUUGAUACACCUGAAUCAGUUGAAAUGUUUCUUCUUAAACAUGGAGAAAAUGUUGUUGAUAGAGUUGGAGCAGAAAUUGAUCGUAUCGAACGAAAUCUUCGAAAAAAACAUCCGUAUUUACGACAUGUCGAUUUGGAAGUUCUCUAG